AUGUCUGUCUCGUUUCUUCGUUCGCCUUUUAUUUGCCGUCGUUGCCUCCAAGUAUUACGCCGGUGUGGGACAUUGCCACUUACUCACUACUCAACGCAAGCCGGCGCAUCUAAGGUGGAGGAGCAACAGCCAAACAGUACCAUAGAGAAGGAGAAAAAAAGUAGCGAUGCACCAACACCAGAGAAGGAACCAGGUCCAAUGGCUCGGCGCUUGGAAGAAGCCACAGAGGAAGCCCUCUUCACAGGCGGAAGAGCCGGGCGUCGAGCUGUGGAGGACGCGGGCUUCUCAGAAGAGCUCAAGGAGAGGCUUUUGAGCAAAUUUGCCGAUGCGGAGUUCAAAUCCGAACAUGCUAGUGCCUUUGCAGAAGCUGGCCUUUCAUCAUCGGCAGGUGAGGGCACACGGCAUAUUGCCUCGGCGCAAGCGUGGACAGGGGAAGAGCAUACAGCAGAUACAGUUCUUCGAAUGCUGGACGAUGCCAAAAAGCCCCUUGCUCCUGGUUUGAGGGGCAAAUUUCAGCCGCCUCCUGUGGACAUGCGACUGCGUGGACAACCAAAACAAUCUGCUGGUGAGAAGGUCGCCAAGGCGAGGGAUAAGGUGAACACCUAUGUAGGAAUAGGGGGCCAACAGGCAAAGAACGGCAUGAGUGAGGAUGAAAAGGAGGCAUGGCGAAGGGAACUUCGAGAGCGCUUUGAGCCUGGAGCAAGAGCGCUGCCAAAUUCAAUCACGGGUCUUGCGGCUCUGGCAAACGAACGCAUCGAGAACGCUAUUGCGCGAGGGCAAUUCAAGAACAUACCACGAGGGAAGGGCAUCGAGCGUGAUACUCGCGCUGACAACCCCUUUAUUGACACGACGGAGUAUAUCAUGAACAAGAUGAUUCAACGACAGGAUAUCGUACCACCCUGGAUAGAGAAGCAGCAGGAGCUCGCAAAAGAGGCGGCAGCAUUCAGAGGCAGGUUGCGUAAUGACUGGCGACGAUUAGCGGCGAGGAUGAUUGCUUCUCGAGGUGGGCCACUGCAAGAGCAGAUACGUAGGGCGGAAGAGUAUGCUGCUGCAGAAGAAGUGCACAAUCCGAUCAGAAGAAAAAACGCUCAUGGGGAAGUAGAAGAGCUGAAGGCUGCGUCGUCAGUGGUUGGAAGACCAUUUCGUGAUUCAGCAUGGGAGCAAGCUGAAGCGAGUUAUCACAAACUAUCGAUCGAGCGCCUCAAUGCUCUGACGCGAAGUUACAACCUCAUGGCGCCAGACUUGGCAAAGAAGCCAUACUUCUCGCUUGAUAGGGAACUCAAGGCAUGUUUUGCUGAAGUUGCGCCUACAGUCGCUCGCGAGAUUCAGGACCGUGCGACGGGUGGAAAGGCAAGGAGCUUGGGAGGAGGAGGAGACCAAGCGGGUAAACAAACUGGCCUACUGGAGACGUUGACUGGAAGUGAUAAAGUCAAGGUGCAUGUCGAGGCCCAGAGAAAGGCAUAUGGUCUGAAAGAGUGGUGGAGAGAUGUGUGGAAGAAAAACUGA